AUGGAGAGCGCAUCAGAAAUGGUGGCAUUUCCAUUGCUGACGACGCCGAUCGAAUCGAACUACAGAGCCUGCACCAUCCCCUUCAGGUUUCCCUCCGACAAUCCUCGCAAGCCAACCCCGACUGAGCUGGCAUGGGUCGACCUCUUCCUCAACUCCAUCCCUUCCUUCAAGAAGCGAGCUGAGACCGAUGCUGUUGACGAUGCUCCGGCUAGAGCUGAAAAAUUUGCUCAAAGGUACUCUGGGAUACUUGAGGACUUGAAGAAGGACCCUGAGAGUCAUGGUGGCCCACCAGAUGGCAUUGUAAGCUCAAAAUUUGUUUGGUUACUAGUUUUCGUUGCAGUUGUGAUAUCAUCUCAUCUUCUUACCAUGGAACAUUUCUGCUGGGGCGAAAUAGGCUCUCUUUGCAGACUUCGUGAGCAAGUCCUUAAGGAGUUGGGGUUCAAGGAUAUAUUUAAGAAAGUCAAGGAUGAAGAGAAUGCAAAGGCCAUAUCCCUGUUUGAGAAUGUAGUGGAUUUAAGUGAUGCUAUUGAAGAUGAAGGAAAGCGCCUAGAGAAUCUCGUUAGAGGGAUAUUUGCUGGAAACAUAUUUGAUCUUGGUUCUGCACAGCUCGCAGAAGUUUUCUCAAAGGAUGGUAUGUCCUUUUUAGCUAGUUGCCAAAACCUUGCCCCUCGACCCUGGGUUAUUGAUGACUUGGACGCUUUCAAAUUGAAAUGGAGCAAGAAAUCUUGGAAAAAGGCUGUUAUAUUUGUUGACAAUUCUGGUGCGGAUAUUAUUUUGGGAAUUUUGCCAUUUGCAAGAGAGUUACUACGGCGUGGGACACAGGUUGUGUUGGCAGCUAAUGACUUGCCUUCUAUCAAUGACAUAACUUACCCUGAACUGAUUGAGAUUAUAUCAAAGUUAAAGGACAAUGAGGGGAAGCUCAAGGGUGUUGAUACUUCAAAUCUUUUCAUUGCCAAUUCUGGUAAUGAUUUGCCGGUUAUUGAUCUUUCAAGAGUGUCACAAGAGAUUGCCUACCUGGCGAGUGAUGCAGACCUAGUUAUUAUGGAAGGAAUGGGUCGUGGGAUAGAGACAAAUCUUUAUGCGCAAUUUAAGUGUGAUUCCCUCAAGAUUGGGAUGGUGAAACAUCCCGAGGUUGCCCAGUUUCUAGGAGGAAGGCUUUACGAUUGCGUCUUCAAAUACAAUGAAGUUUUGUAG